AUGGCUAUUGAGUUGUGAAACUAUUGUCUAUUACAAGUUACAGCGAUCGAUAAAAUAGUUUGUUUUUUAUGAACCUAGAACGAGUAUUACACAGUUAUGGCCAAUAUUACAAUUGAACUUAUAAGGAAACGUUCUGAACACAACGAAGGUGAGAUCGGCACUUUAGAAGAAAUAUCUUUACACCAGGAAGAUAUUACUAAAAUAGAAAAUUUACAACAUUGGUGUAAAGACUUAAAAAUAUUACUUUUGCAAUCAAAUUUAAUAUUUAAAAUAGAAAAUUUGAACAAAUUAAAGAAAUUAGAAUAUUUAAACUUGGCAUUGAAUUGUAUUGAAAAAAUAGAAAACUUGGACGGAUGUGAAUCUUUAAACAAAUUAGAUUUAACAAUGAAUUUUAUAGGGAAACUUGAUAGUAUUGGAUCGUUAAAAUACAACACACAUUUACGAACAUUGUAUCUCACUGGAAAUCCCUGUACAGAUUAUGAUGGAUACCGCGAGUAUGUUAUUGGAACUUUACCACAAAUUGACGUACUUGACGGAACUGACGUGACUUCAUUUGACAAAUUAGUCGCCAAACAGCAGUUAUCAAAUGUUUCACUUAAAAUUAUUGCCCAACAAAAAACCUAUGAAAAUUUCAGAGUAAAACAAAAAAAGGCAUCAAAAUCUAUAGACAUCACUGAAGAAACUUUAGAAACAUUCGAAAAAAAUUAUGAAGAAACAGAUGAAGAUUUUUGGAAUCAACCAAGUGAAAACACUCCGGAAUGUCGCGUUGAGAUGGCGCUUCACAGCAGACGAGCUCAGCGAAAGCAAGAUGAAGUGAAAAAAACACCCAAAGAAGAAAAGUGGACUCCAAAAUUAUUCGCCGAAGACGGUCGUCCGUAUAAUUUAAACCAAGCUAAAGUGCCGUACAAAUUGGAGAAUGAACACAACAGAUAUGUUCUCACUGUUCAUGUGUACAAGUUCAUGGAUACUAGCGAAUUGGACUUAGACAUUCAACCUACGUACGUGAGGGUCACGGUGCGGAAAAAAAUAUUGCAAUUGGCUCUGGACGAAGAAGUAAGAGUAGACGAAUCUAAUGCGAAACGGUUGAUUGGUUCAAAACUGUUGGAAAUAACUAUGCCUAAAGUAAAACAAAUCAUUUGUCCGGUUAAAAAACAAUGCCCCAAGGACAACGAUUUUCGCAAUGAUAAUAAAUCCAAACUAACGGAUGAAGUAUUUGAUAGCCAAAAGCAAGUGGAAUUUUGGAAUAUAACCAAUUCACCAGCAAGUGUAAAGAAAGUUGGAAACCAAAAACCUAAAGAUUUCGUCGACAAUUCAGAAGUACCACCUUUAGAAUAAAGGUUGGGCUCUUAAUAUCGACCACAAACAAUCUAAAUAAAUUAUCAUUAUUGUUCUAACUGAUUUUUAAUGAAGAUAUAGGAAGGUAAUUAAUAGAAUGGAUGAAAAUAUCAUAAUUUACUUUUUUUUUGCUGUAAAAAAAAUACGAUACCUAUUAAUACAUUUUCUUAGUAGGUUAUUAUAUACCUAAUGUUUUAUGUUAUGUAAUAUGUAUACAGUUAACCCGAUGGUUACUUUUAAUUAACCUCAAUUAUUACCAUGGUUGAAGAAAUUAGAGUUUAUCAUAAUGUAUUAUUAGUUGUAAUUUUGUUAAUUAAAAACAGUGAAAAUAAUUAGACUCGAUUCGGUGUUAUACCUAAUGCAAUUUUCCACAUUUUGUUUUUUUCAUAAUGUUUUGUACCUAUCGGCUACGAACCAUAUUUUGGUGUACAAGCACAACGACAUAGGUUUUCAAUACAAUAAAUAAAGACUUAAGGAGGGUUCACAUCUCUUUGCGUUGUGUAGUGUUCAGUAUAUUUAAUGUAUAGGUAACAAAAUGCUGGUCACCCGUUACCUACAAGUUGAAUAGGUGUAUUGAACUCUACACGACACGGCGAGCUGUGAAUUCUCUUUUACUCAUUGGGUAUGAACCUGCUACGACCUAGUAUUUACCUACUUUCUUAUAGUUAAUACAACAUGUCAACAAGAAUGUCAGCAUGAAGACUAGAAGGAGACCAAACUCCGCUUCUGAUAACGUCCCAAAAUCAGUCGCACGAUAUUAAACAGCCACAGGCUAUGCUGCGUACUCUGGGUGCUUUAACCCCCGUAGUAUACAUAUAUAGGGCGAUUAUUCAUGUAUUUUGCGUUUUUUGUAAAAUAUAUGCAUUAAUUAUAUUUUAUAAGUCAUUUUGCACUAAAAGAAUAAUUUCGUUAUAAAUUCUAGUAUAAAUUUGGUAUACCUAAAUGAUAGUAUAUAUUUUUAAGGGCUGUAAAAAAGUUUUACAGACAAUUGAUCGUUUUGAACUUCUUUAAUAUGGAAUAAGAAAAAACAAUUAUUUUCAUACAUUAUUUUUUUUGAUAUAUAGGUUUGGAUCAUAUAUUUAUUUACCCAGACAUAGUUAUAGUUUGUUCAUUAAAGAUGAUGUAAAAGCAUGUAAAAAUCUUAAAAUAAAAACUCAUAUUCAAAUUUUGGAUUCAAAAACUUUAAAAAUGUCUCAAAAAUCCUAAAAUGCACAAGAAAAUGAAAAAUGAUGUAUUUAUACAACUUCUAAGCCCAAGAGACUUUUUUAGUUUUUACAAUUAGUUUUAAUUGCAUUAAUAUUUUUUUUAUACCUAGUAUUAUGUUCAUGCUCAAUAGUCCAAAUAUAAUUUUUAUUUUUGUAUGCUAAAUGUAAUGAUUUUUUUUUUUAAAAAGCCUAUUCAAAUUAAAGUUAGGACUGUAAAAUACAUAUUUGGCUUUCUUAGUAAAUAUUUAAUAGUUUUGUUUACAGGUACCUAGUUGUUGUUAACUCAUGAUAUGGGAAUUAAACCCCAACAACCCAUAUUUUGAUACCAAAAGUAAUAUUUGAUUGUACUAAGAAAACAUAAAUUACUCGUAGGUUUUGUUUGUUAGUAAAAUUCCUAAUGUUUCUAAAUAUUAAAACAUGUUUCCUAUAAUUGAUAUUACAUAAUCAACAUAUAUUUUCCAUUUUAAUUGACUGUCCAUGUUUAAACCUAAGAAUUUAACAUUAUAAGCUUUGCAUAUAUCUUUACAGAAAUAAUUUAUAAAUGCUUUAAAUACACAUACCUCCAGAUGAUUAAUUAUUUAUAAUAUAAUUUAA